AUGAUAGAUCAUAAUGUUAUUGAAAGUUACACCAAAAUCGUUGAUGACAAGCUAUCAAUUGAGUUGAUUUACACAAAGAAGAACGAUGAACUUGUGAAUUGUAAUUUGAAAUUUCAUAAUAUACUGAAUAGCAGGAUGAUAAUAAACGAAACUACAGAUCAAAAUAACAAUCAGUCUGAAAGUUGGUUAUCGGGGAUUUGGGGUCUGAAAGACGAAUCCGUACCAUUGAAACGACCUGAAACUCCAGAUGUUAAGUUAUUCUUGGGGUAUAUCCAAUUGUUUGGUUAUGUCGUCUUAAAUUAUAAGUUUGGUUUAGACGAACCUAAGAAUAUGACAAUUCUGGAUAAAGCCCCAAGAAAUGCAGCAUGGUGGCUCAACAAAGAAUAUUUGGAGAUGUAUGCUGAUUCUGACGAUGACACUUUUGAACGUGAUAUAGCAUUGGACUCAACGCCCUUCAUAUUGGAUAAUAUUGUUGAACCUAUGGUAGUAGGAGGAAAAUUGGGAGGUGUUAAUGAUUUGAUCGUGGAAGAAGAUGGAAGCUCGUCCAUAACCUUGGAUUCAAGUAAAAGGUAUUUCUUGCAUGAUCUUAUACUCAAUUUCAAUUCUUAUAAAAGACCAAGACCUCAUGAGGUUGAGAAUGAUGGAAGAGUGGAGUUAAAAGAGUUAAGUGAUAGUAUAUUGCCCUUUUAUUCCACCAGUCAAUCUUUGUUAUUUUCAGAUUUAAUAAUUGAUCCUUCUUCUACCAAGGAGUUCAGUUUUUCUUUCCCCAAUGUUGAAGACUUACCUCCCAGUUAUAACACUAAUCUGACAGGAAUAACUACUGAACAGGGUUUGAUUAGUAUAAGAUAUCUGAUGAUCUUGGGGUUCCUGAAAUUAGAUCAGUUCAAAAAUUUAUCACCGGUGUCGAUAUAUUAUCCAUUCACUGUUAAAGCUGAGAAGAAAGGACAAGAUGAAAGAUGGUUUCAACCAAAUUAUUUACAGCAUAUAACCAUCGACAAGUCUUGGAAGAUCAAUAUCGAUGAGAAGAAUGAUAUACAGAGUAAUGGGAAUGACCUCAAACUAGAUGGAAGGGAAAUUAAAGAUACGAGAGAGUCAUUUUUAACUGAUUUAAAGAAAUUAAUCGAUUCUGAUUUACACAAUAUACCCAAAAUGUCCACAACAGAAAGAAAGAAAAGUUUCCAGAGUUUACAUGACCCUGAAGAUAUCAAACCGGGCUUAGUACCACAAUUACCACCUCAUCUCAAGAAUCAGUAUCAAAUCUUGGUUAAUAAUAACCAACUUUGUUUAGUUACGAUUUCCAAACCUUAUUAUCAUUUGGGAGAGGACCUUUCAUUCACAAUAGAUUUAAACACCGAAAAUCCGCCAGAAAAGCAAGCAGCCAAGAUCUCGGGAGUUACAGUACAUUUAGAAGCUCAUGAAAUUUUCCAUUUGAAAGACACUAAAAAAAUUACUAACAUUUACAGGGUGAGUCAGAAUGUUAAGCUUAAUUCGUUUUCACCAUCAAUGUUAAAUUCAGUUAUCAUAAACAAUGAACAGAAUCCAUGUUUAUUGAAUGGUUAUUUACACAUUGCCAAUUCGCUUACACAACAAUUUCAAAGUUCAAAAUUAAUGGAUUUGAAAUAUUUUGUAGUGUUUAAAUUCAAUAUGUUACAUUUUGAUAAACACAAAAAUGUCAAUUCACAUGAUGCAACUCCGCAAAAUGGACACACUCGAGGGGGUGCAGAAUUCGAAGCAAAUAAUUCAGGAGGUACGCAAAAUGAAACUAAUGGUGAGAGCUCAAAUGCUGAAACAAACGUUGCCGACACGGAACUAUUAAUGGAAAGUUUGAAUAUAGGAGAAUUCAAUACUGCAAAAUCUUAUGAAUUCAUCAAUAAUUAUAAAUUUAACAAUCCCGGUAAUGAUUUUACAUUUAGAAUCCCCAUAGUUAUUUUACCUUGA